AGCGGUAACAAUACACACAUACAUUCACCCAGCGAAGAAGACGUAAAGGCCAAAAUGGCGAUCUACAUGAAACACAUGAGUUGCCUUUUCUCCUUGGAAAAAGCUAUUUUCUUGUCAAGGGGGAGCGGAUUCAAUGUGGAAUGUAAACGUUAUGUGCGUGGACUUAGACGGAAGCCGGUCAGAGUGACAUUUUCCGAAGACGUAAAAGCGCCCUCUGCUUCAAUGGCGAAGGAGAAGAAUGACGUCAAAGUCUCAUUCAGAGCAGCAGAGCAAGAAAGAGCCGAUUUAACGAAGACAAGCAAUAAUAUAUCAACCAAAAGUGCUAAUAUGCUUGGUAAAAGUGAUCAAAUCGAUGGGCUCCGAUUCGAGAGGGCGUUACCUGGCGAUAAAAGACUGGCGAGGCUGGUGAGUGUCGCUCGUUCCAGAACGUUCCGGGAGAAACAGGGCAAAAUCCUCCUGGAAGGUCGCCGAUUGGUCUGCGAUGCUUUGAAUGCGGGCGCCAUUCCUCAAACCGUCUUCUUCAGCACCGCUGAUCGCCUGCGGGAGCUCCCUUUCGACCAAUUGAGGAGGGCCACGCUUGUUAAAGUCAAAUUCGAAGACAUCAAACUGUGGUCUGACCUUGUGGCCCCACAAGGAGUAAUAGCGAUAUUUUCCCGACCUGAUGCAUCACGGUUGAGAUUCAUAGACCGAACACAUUCGGUGCCGCUGUCACUCAUCUGUGAUAACAUCCGUGACCCUGGCAACCUCGGGACUAUGCUGCGUUGUGCUGCUGCCGCCGGCUGCCAUAGUAUCCUGCUCACUAAAGGUUGUGUUGAUGUCUGGGAGCCAAAAGUACUGCGAGCAGCGAUGGGCGCCCAUUUCCAUCUGCCCAUUUAUCCCAGUUUGAACUGGGAGGAAGUUGAGGAUCAUCUACCCAAGGAUGUAACGGUGCAUGUCGCCGACAGCACGAGCGGACCUGAUCCAAACAUAAACACGACUCAUGCACCCUCCAAACCGGGCGACUACGGUUGGGUCAGCGUAAAACCCGCCCACCAGAAGGCACACUUUGACGAGUACGACUCUGACUCCGAUUCUGACUCCGAUUCGGAAUAUGCAGGGCUUUCACUCCCAAGAGUGAACGCCAUGUUGUACCAUGAAAACUGGGCUCAGAGUCCCACAGCUAUUAUCAUCGGAGGAGAGACUCAAGGCCUCAGUGUGGAAGCAGUCCAACUGGCGGAAAAAACCACAGGACACAGGCUUUUUAUUCCUAUUGUUCCUAAUAUGGACAGCUUGAAUUCCGCCAUGGCUGCCAGUAUCCUGUUGUUUGAGGGCAGGAAACAACUCUUAAAAGCAAUGCAAACUUCCAGUAGGAAGUGGUCCUCGAAGGCCGGACGUCAGCUUUCAUAACGUCCGACAUCGUUGAUGAGUAAUAAUCUAUUUUGCAACGUUGAGUGGUUAGCGCGCAGACCUCACAGCUUGGAGACCAGGGUUCAAUUCCACCCUUCACCCUCGGCCAUCUCUGUGUGGAGUUUGCAUGUUCUCCCUGUGCAUGCAUGGGUUUUCUCUGGAUAUUCCGGUUUCUUCCCACAUUCCAAAAACAUGCUAGGUUAAUUGGCGACUCCAAAUUGUCCAUAGGUAUGAAUGUGAGUGUGAAUGGUUGUUUGUCUAUAUGUGCCCUGUGAUUGGCUGGCGACCAGUCCAGGGUGUACCCCGCCUCUCGCCCCGAAGACAGCUGGGAUAGGCUCCAGCACCCCCUGGCGACACUCGUGAGGAUAAGCGGUAGAAAAUGAAUGAAUGAUUUUUUGCAAAUUUGGAGUGGUCAGACCGGAGCAGGAGGGGAUAGAAAAGAAGAAAAAAGAAAACAGAGCGGGGAGUGAAUUUAUAGACAAAAUGUCUAAACAACGAUGCCACAACGAUGCUACUCCAGUUUCCUCCCACAUUCCAAAAACAUGCUAGGUUAAUUAGCCACUCCAAAUUGUCCAUAGGUAUGAAUGUGAGUGUGAAUGGUUGUUUGUCUAUAUGUGCCCUGUGAUUGGCUGGCGACCAGUCCAGGGUGUACCCCGCCUCUCGCCCCGAAGACAGCUGGGAUAGGCUCCAGCACCCCCGUGACCCUCGUGAGGAAAAGCGGCAGAAAAUGAAUGAAUGAACGAAUGAACAUAAUAAAAUAAGUUAUAGCUUG